AUUGCUUACACCGUUUCCGGAUCCAGUGACACGUUUUUUGUUGUUGAUUUUCUCCAAAUUUUGUUUUAUUUAAAUAUUAUUAUUUCUUCUUCCCAUUUGCUGACAUGUGCCUACGUGUUCGUCUCAUGCUCUUGGUGUUGUUGACAUGAGCCCAGUAAACAAUACAUUGACUCUAUAGUUGUUUUCUACUCAUAAACUGUCAUAAAAUGGGUGUUUUGACUGUCAGACGAGUUGGCUUUGGUAUCUUUUUGGUGUGGUUGCUGACUCUGCUGUAUCUGUGGUUCCCAGCAAUAAAAGUUACUAAAAGAUGGCCUUGGAUCAGCCAGAAAGGUCUCAAGAGCUCUAAAAUAAAAUUGUACCCCAACUUAACUAAUGCUGUUCAUGUGGUAUUGGCAUCUGAUGAGAACACUAUGGGCGGAAUGAUUGCUGCUAUGAACAGUAUUUACUCCAACACCAAACACAAUGUUAUGUUUCACCUUGUUGUUGACGAAGACAGUGUUGAUCACUUAGUUGUUUGGUUAACAAAAAGUAAACUGCAAUUAACAAACUAUGAAGUGAAACCAUUCCGCAAAGAAUGGGUAAAAGGCAAAAUCAAAAUACAUUCGGGGAGAAAGGAACUUUCUAACCCACUCAAUUAUGCCCGGUACUACCUGCCAAAACUGUUUCCGAAUUUGAAGAAGCGUGUUAUUUAUAUAGAUAGUGAUUGUAUUGUACAAGGCGAUAUUCAUCAGCUGUAUUCUAUGAAGUUAAAACCAGGCCAUAUUGCUGCUUUCUCUGAGGAUUGCACAGGUGUUUCAAAGAGACUUACUUUGCUAAAGAACAAUUAUGCUGAAUACAUUGACUUCAAGAACAAACAUGUACAGAAGCUUCACCUAAACCCUAAAGCCUGUUCGUUCAACACUGGACUAAUGGUGACAGAACUGGGGCUUUGGAAGAAGAACAACAUUACUUCACGGCUAGUGUACUGGAUGACCCUCAACACUAAGGAGGAAGUGUACGGGAAUGAGAAAGGAGGUGGUGGAUCUCAGCCCCCAAUGAUGAUUGUCUUCUAUCAGAACUACACUCACAUUGAUCCAGAAUGGCACACCAGACACCUGGGUAUGACAGCAGGAACAAGUUACUCGAAACAGAUUGUCCAGCAUGCCAAGUUAUUGCAUUGGAGUGGACAUUUUAAACCCUGGAAUCGCUUGGCUCAACAUUCAUAUAUCUGGGACAAGUAUUUCUUGCCAGAUCCAACCAACAAAUUUAAACCUGUCCGCAGAGCCUCUGUGUAACACCACCACCACCACCACCACUACAACUGCUAUUACUACUGCAACACCUCCUACACCAACAAGAUUCUCCACCCCAACCCCACCAUCACUACUCCAAUGCUGCUUUGCAUCAAAAAUACUUUCUCCCUUCUAUGUCUGCUGAAAAAUAUACUCUAGAUUGUUUAAAAAUGAAUAUUUUCUUUUUUUUUGCCAAAAAAUUUAAUUAUUAUCUCUUUUUCUAA